AAGCUGCGGACCUGCCACGACACGAGGAUAAACCUUGCAGCGCACGCAGUGGGGCGACAGAAAGUCGGUGGUCAGCUGCUCUGAUUGCGACCACUCCGGCCUGACAUUGCAAGCACUACCGGUUGUUCCUGCAAGUAGGCAUGCAACUCUCUCGGUGAACCUCCGAGGCAGAGCAUCAACCUCAUUAAGAUGACAGGUGAAGCCCUGGAGAUGGUCUCGCCCGGGCACGUCAGCCUUAGCGCAGAAAGCAUACCGCCCCAAUCUCCUCCUAUUGCAGCUUCGACCUGGCCGGCACCGAUCGAUACCGCAAGCAAGCUACGCGACGUAAACAUCGCAACCGGGGACGAUCGAAUGGGCUCGGUGGGCAGCAGCGGCACAACUGCACCUGGUGCGAACGAAGGCGUAGCAAUUAGGCGGGGACAAAGCGAGCGUGAACGAGAACGUAUCUCCAGCACAGAGGCGACAAGCACAAGCGCAGGAACAGGGAGGCCAACUCGACCAUGGCUCGUCGCUCGAACAUCGAGCUCGAGUUCAGGUUUCACGGCUCGCCUCAAUGGAAACUACAGGCGGCCAAGUCGAACGAGUGACACAAUGCUCGGUGAGGACACACGUGAAGAGCAUCUCCGGAACGACCGACCUCCGUCGUCCUACUAUCUGUCUUCCUCGGUCAAUGGCAGACGCGAUAGCGAUCAGCGCUCAACUGCUUCCACAGCCUCUGUUUCGCCGCCUUCCAGGGGCAGCGAUACCCGCCACACCGCAUCAUCCUCGCCACCAGGCAUCCGGACAUCCGUUCUAGACGACAUGCCCCCACCUCCGCAGGCAUCAUCAUCAUCUGCCUCUGCUGCAGCAGUCAAUGUUGUCGCGUCCACUGCUCCGCCUAUCACACCCAUGAUGAGCGGGACCAACCGAGUCCUUCGAUCGGCUCAGCUGACUGCAGCAGGGACUUCGAGCUCUCGUCUCGUCUCGCGCACCGCUCCCCGAAGCACCGCCCGUUCCGUCACAGGGCCGAAAGCGAGGAGGGUGGCUGUAUAUGAGGAUCCAGAUGCAGAAGAGCAGGCGGAGAAGGAAAAAGAGAAAGAAAUCGCACAAAUACAGACACAAGGGCACGUGCAGGCAGAGUGUGACGAGCGCGUGUCUGACUACGACUCGCCAGGCGCAGCUGGAAGUAAGCUACUAGCGUCAACGCGAGAAAAGGAAAAAAGCGAUGGUGCACAAAUGCUAAGCAGUGGCGCAGAAUCUGACAAGGAUAAUCCUCUCGGGGGAAGCAGCGAAGUGGCGCAACGCGCCGUGCAUCCGUUGCAGCCAAUGACCACCAAUGCUCUACCGCAUCCCCAACGCCCUGUCUCCACCACGGUAAAGGGCCGACGGCCACCGCAAUCGGCCACGCUUGAGAUCGAGCCGCGCUCCGGCUCACAUCUUCCAGGAUGGGAAGUCGGUGCAGGGGACGAAGACGACGUUGACGAUGCGGCUGGAUCAGCAAUAGCUGCAGUACUAGCCGCACCCCGUGCAAAGCGUUCAGAGGCGUAUCCCUACCACCGACGAUUACCUUCCUCGCAGCCGGGCUCCGACGAGAACGUGGAUCCGUAUCAUGAUGGCGGCGCACAAAGCAGACGAGCUGCCAGUGCUCUUGGAUUGGAAAGCGUGCGCAAGGCUCCCUCACCGCCUACUGCACUCGCUGCCGAUCUACCCGGUGUGCAGCGUCGAGUGCAGAGCGCAGCGCAGCCACCAUCACAUACACAACCGAAUCGGAGCUACGCACCAGGCACAACGCCCGGCACCAGCACGGUUCUCGAGCCAGUGUGUCACGCUCCGCGCGUGAGCGUGGUAGAAGACAAGACGGUAGCUGUCCAAAGCGACAGCGAGGAGUUCAAGCAGAAGCUGUUCGAGGAAGCCAUGCUUCAGGAAGCAGCGCGACAGCACACCUUGCCACAGAGCAAGAUCGACGAGUGGACCAGGGGAAAGGUCACUGAGAAACACACGAAUGUACGUGGCUUCCGCUUCCGAAAAAUCCGUAAAGCCGGCGAAGGAGGCUUCUCGACAGUGUGGGUCGUUCGCGGCCCGUGCGAACGGCUCAGCACUGCAGAACACUACCCGGAAGAGCAGCAGGCAUACUUUGCGAUGAAGCAAGUCAACCUCAAGAAGAUUGAUCCGGGAAGCAGGGAGGGUGUGCUCAAGGAGGCUGAUUACCUCGAAGCUCUUGCGCGUCUUCCGGGAUACGAUGAGCAUAUUUUGCGCUACUUUGCGCACAAGGCUAACGAGAGUCAUUUGAAAAUCCUGAUCGAGUUAGGGGACUGCGACUUUUCCGACGUCUUGCGGCAAGGCCUGCCGGAUCGUUGGGACGUGGUGAAGAUCUUUGGGCAGAUGAUUGAAGCGGUGCACUUCCUACACGAAGCAGGCAUCGUGCACACGGACCUGAAGCCUGCGAACUUUCUACGCGUCGGCAACAAGUACAAGAUCAUCGAUCUGGGUAUUGCGCAGAAGAUCCCGAUGGGUACGAUCCACAUCUCGCGCGAUGCGCUGAUCGGGACGCCGAACUACAUGGCGCCGGAAGCGAUCAAGGUGUCUCGAACGCGCGGCGCCGAGGGGCGCAGUGAGCAUCUGUACAAAGCCGGGUGCGCGAGCGAUGUCUGGUCGAUGGGUUGCAUCCUGUUCCAGAUGGUCUACUCGCGCCCUCCAUUCGACCGCUUCAGCGGCGAGGCAAAGAUGCGCGCGAUUGUCGACCCGAGCCACGCAAUCGAGUACUCUACCAGCCGAUACCGCGAUGAGCCGGCUGCAGAGGUGGUGGACGAAGUGCUGAUCGACUGUAUGCGCUCCGCGCUGCAGUACCGCGUCUCGGAUCGCGCGACAAUCCCAGAGCUGCUC